ACCUCAAGACAACACCACAACAUGGCGAAACGAAAGCGGAAUAUUAAUGGCGAUUCUGCUGCUGCUGUAGCAGAUGCUCCCAGCAAGAAGGUGAAAUCCACCUCAUCCUCGACUCCCAAGUAUCCCAUCACCAUCCAAGUCAUCGCGGGGUCCUACGACAGAAUCCUCCACGGCGUCACAGCUACCAUCGACCUCAAGAACAAAGACAAAGUCGAAUUCGCAGAUACCUUCCUCUUCAAUGCCCACGCCUCCGCUAUCCGCUGUCUCGCACUCUCACCUCCAUCCGCCCCCAUCCCAAAGCAAACGCAAAAGAUCAUCCUCGCAAGCGGCAGCACCGACGAACGAAUAAACCUCUACCACCUCUCCGCCCACGCCCCCUCCAAGAUCUCCGUCCCGGUGACCCCUAGCUUGAAUCCCAAAGCAAUUGUCGAGAAUCCGCAAAAUCGAGAGCUGGGAAGUCUGCUGCAUCAUUCGAGCACGAUAACGGCGCUACAUUUUCCGAAUCGGAGUAAGCUUUUGAGCUCGGCGGAGGAUAGCACGAUUGCGGUUACGAGGACGAGGGACUGGAGUCUGUUGAGUACAAUUAAGGCGCCAAUACCGAAGCCGGUUGGUAGACCGAGUGGGGAUACGGCGCCGUUGGGUGGUGCUCCCAGUGGGGUUAAUGAUUUUGCUGUUCAUCCGAGUAUGAAACUUAUGAUAUCUGUGGGGAAGGGAGAGAAAUGUAUGAGGUUAUGGAACCUGGUCACCGGGAAGAAGGCGGGUGUGUUGAAUUUCGAGAGGGGGAUACUGGGCGAAGUUGGAGAAGGCAAACACAGCAGUGGAGAGGGAAGGAAAGUUGCUUGGGGAGCUACAGAUGUGGGAGAAGAGUUCUGUGUUGGUUUUGAAAGGGGUAUAUUGGUGUUCGGGAUGGACAGCAAGCCGAAAUGCAAAGUCGUCCCCGAACCGAGAACGAAGAUUCACGAAUUAUGCUAUGUACAACUGGGAGAUGAGGGGGAUAUUCAGCUCCUGGUAGUGUCGACAGAAGAUGGGAGAAUACUGUUCUACUCUACGAGACCAGCAGAUUUGGUGACAUCAGCAACAGCACAGGGGAAAGAAGCCCCGCUUGCUUCAGCAAAAAUGUUUGCACAACUUGGCGGAAAAGAAGCCGGACUUUCAGGACGGAUCAAAGAUUUUAGCAUCCUAAGCAACGGAGAGGGUCUUGCCAGAGACUUUAUAGUCGUCACAGGAGGCAGCGACGGCGCCUUAAGGAUCUGGAAACUCGCCGCUGCCGAAGUUGCCUCUCACAAAGGAAAGGCCAAACAAGUUGGCGAGCUACUCGGAACAUACGAAACGAAUAACCGCGUCACAUGUCUGAAAUCGUUCGUCAUGUUACCAAAAAUGGAGGGAGCAGAAGAUGAUGAAAUCGAUGAUUUCGAGGGAUUUGAGGACGGGGAGGAGGAAAGUAGUUCUGAUAGCGACUAAUGAUACCCCAUAUCUUGCUGCCACCAACCUGCUUCUCAUCAACGUUCAAAACCAUUCUCCAUCAGUGUCUGACAAGUUGCCUAGUGAAACCUCUCAAAAGCUCGAACCCAAAUAAACACGCA